UGGGGUAACAUAAAACACAAACAAAGAAAAAGGGAAAAAUCACAAAGAAAAAUAAUAGAAAGAAUUCUUCCCACCAAAGUUGGCAGUCGCCAUACGAUUUCUUACCCCGUGUAUAAGACACAGAGAGGUUGACUGAGGCACCCAACAUCACCUUUAAAUUCUCUUCAUUUUCCUUAGAAUCUCUCUCACUUUAAACCUUACUACAAAAACACCUUUCAUCUCCUAGCAAUCUCCAAACAAACCAUAAACAGUAAGUAGUUUAUACAAGUAAGAAACCUAAACAACAAAUUAAUACUUCUAUAAUGAAGCCUCAACCUUCUAAUUAUAAUCAUGUAGUAGUAUACCUUAACAAAGCCUACAUGAUCAUGUUCAUAAUCACUACUAUAGCCACUCAAAUUCUUCCUCUACCACUCCAAAAUCUUCCUAUCGAAGGUCGAUUUACCUUCGAAGAACUACACCAUGCAGCGCGCGAUUUUGGCAACCAAUAUCAACUCCAUCCAUUGGCAGUUCUUCAUCCAAAAUCAGUUUCUGAUAUAACAAAAACCAUUAGGCAUAUAUGGCAAAUGGGCCUGAGUUCUGAACUUACAGUUGCAGCAAGAGGCUCUGGUCAUUCUCUUCAUGGACAGGCCCAAGCCCAUCAAGGUAUUGUAAUUGACAUGGGCUCUCUUCGGGCAUAUCCGAUCAAAGUAGUCCAAACUGGUGUAGUCCAUCCUUAUGUUGAUGUUUCUGGAGGUGAAUUAUGGAUAAACAUCCUGCAUAAGUGUCUCAAAUAUGGGCUGACACCAAAGUCUUGGACUGAUUAUUUGCACCUAUCUGUUGGAGGUACUUUGUCUAAUGCUGGGAUUAGUGGACAAGCUUUUCUCCAUGGCCCGCAAAUCAGCAAUGUUCACCAAUUGGAGGUUGUUACAGGUAAAGGAGAAUCACUUAACUGUUCCAAGAAGCAAAAUGCAGAACUCUUUCACAGUGUUCUUGGAGGACUUGGACAAUUUGGGAUCAUUACUCGAGCAAGAAUUUCUCUUGAAUCCGCACCUAAAACGGUGAAAUGGAUCAGAGUUUUGUAUUCAGAUUUCGACACGUUCGUUAGAGAUCAAGAACAGCUCAUAUCAUCAGAACAGGCGACAUUUGAUUACAUUGAAGGUUUUGUGAUAAUAAACAGAACAGGCCUCCUAAAUAACUGGAGAACAUCUUUCAGCCCACAAGAUCCAGUUCAAGCUAGUCAAUUCAGUUCAGAUGGGAAAACACUUUUCUGUUUAGAAUUAGCAAAAUACUUUAAACAUGAGGAGGUUAAUCUUGCAGACCAGGAGAUCAAGAUGUUGCUUUCACAAUUAAGCUACAUAUCAUCGACUCUAUUCAUAGCAGAAGUCUCCUAUAUCGAUUUCUUGGAUCGAGUUCAUGUCUCCGAAAUCAAACUAAGAUCAAAAGGAUUAUGGGAAGUACCACACCCAUGGCUUAAUCUUCUGGUCCCAAAAAGCAGCAUUCACAAAUUUGCGGAACGAGUCUUUGGCAACAUUCUUAAGGACACAAGCAAUGGACCCAUUCUCAUCUACCCAGUCAACAAAUCAAAGUGGGACAACAAAACUUCAGUGGUUAUUCCAGAAGAGGAUAUUUUUUAUUUAGUGGGAUUCCUAUCCUCAGCAGUUCCUUCUUCAACAGGAAGUGAUGGCUUAGACCAUAUCUUAAGUCAGAAUAAAAAGAUUCUAGAUUUCUGUGAAUCAAGUAAUCUGGGUGUGAAGCAGUAUCUGGCCCACUACAGCACACAGGAAGAGUGGAAAUCUCACUUUGGUCCAAAGUGGGAAGUUUUCAAACAAAGGAAAUCUACUUAUGAUCCUUUGGGAAUUCUUGCACCAGGUCAUAGAAUUUUUCAAAAGUCUAUAUCUUUCUCAUGACACAUAAGUGCAUAAUGUUUAUUACUACCAGCUUCAAAAUAUGCUACUAGAAGCAAUAUAGUAUUGUUUUGUCACCUCAGAAAACUGUAAUUAUGAGAGUGACAGUGUAAUUAGUGGUUCAAAUUUUCCUUUCAAGGAACUGUAAUAGCCACAAUAUACAUAAAGUUUAAGGCCAUACUAAUGAUUAUGACAAGCUAGUUUCAACUUCA